UAAUCAUAUUUGUCAUAAUUUUGCAUUAAAUGCACACAUAUCAGACUUUUAUUAAAUACGAUGUUGGCAAAUUAUCAAAAAGUAGUUCCACGAGCGGAAGAAGAAAUUUAUGUCUUUGACGUGGAUUUGCAUUAACCGGAAAAACAUGACUCAGAAAGUGUUAAUAUUCCAUUGAAGCAUAGCAAAUAAAAUGGCAGAAAAUAAGCCCCCUCAAUCAACUUAUAAAGGUUGGUUAUACAAAUGGACUAACUACCUUAAAGGAUACCAGAAGCGCUGGUUUGUGCUUCAAAAUGGACUGCUGUCAUACUACAGAAAUCAAGCUGAGAUGACCCAUACCUGUAGGGGCACAAUAAAUCUGGCCUCAGCUUUCAUAACAACAGCUGAUUCUUGUACGAUAGUCAUAUCCAGCGGAGGAAACCAUACCUUCCAUCUUAAGGCUACAUCAGAGGUUGAUCGACAGAAAUGGAUAACUGCUCUGGAACUGGCAAAGGCAGAUGCACAGAGAAUGUUGGAGCCAGACAGUGAUGAAGAAGAGCCUGACAAGACAGAUAUUCAGACCACACUUAAGUCCCUUGGAUCCAAGAUGGAGGAUCUGAACACAUGCAAUGAUCUCAUUGGAAAGCAUGGCAGCGCUCUCCAGAGGGCGCUCACUGAACUGGAGCAGUUGGAUGGGAGCCAGGACGUGUCCAGCAAAGUCAAGGUCAUCAAUGAGCGAGCCACCAUGUUCAGAAUAACGUCAAAUGCCAUGAUUAAUGCAUGUGCAGAGUUUCUAGAACUGGCCUCGACAGAUGGCAAGAAGUGGUACAAGAUGUUGGAGCAUGAAUACAACCAGAAGUUGAAGCUCCAGGAGUUGCUAGAGCAGUGUGCCAAGGAACAGAACUCACUUGAGAUGAAGGCCAAGAAGAUACGACCCUCUCCUGACAACCCAGAUGGUUAUGUGUCAGGAUCUGAUGGGGAUGAUGACUUUUUUGAUGCACCUGAUGUUGUUGACACCAUUUCACUUCCAAGUCACAAACAGGGUCCUGGCCAUUGGCGACAAGGCAGUGAUGCCAGCUUUGAUGCUAAGAUCUUUGAAGGGGAGGGGUAUAGCACAGAAUCUGAUCCGGAUGAAGCAGACAAUACCGAGCAAACUGUAGGAGUAUAUCAAGCUAAAACGAAAAAGAACAAAAAAAAGGGAGGCAAACCUCACGAAUUAAACCAUGAAGAAGUACACACCAAAACAGUUGUUGCCAAGGUGACUGAUCCAUUGGUACCUAGGAAACAGAGACGAACACUCAUACCUGCAAAGCCAAACUACAGUCUUAACUUGUGGGGCAUUAUGAAGAACUGUAUAGGAAAAGAGCUCAGCAAAAUACCAAUGCCGGUAAACUUCAGCGAGCCUCUCUCAAUGCUGCAGCGUAUCACGGAAGACUUUGAGUAUUCCAGCCUUCUAGACGAGGCAGCAGAAUGUGAGGAUUCCACGGAACAACUUGCCUAUGUGACAGUGUUCACCGUGUCCUCGUACUCUACCACUAUCAACAGAACCACCAAACCAUUCAACCCUUUGUUGGGAGAGACGUAUGAACUGGAUCACACAGAUGAUAUGGGCUGGAAAUCACUAGCUGAACAGGUGAAUCACCAUCCGCCUGUGAUGGCUGUACACACCAAGGGGCGGACCUGGACUCUAUGGCAGGAGUUCACCAUGAAGAGCUGCAUCAAGGGAGUCUAUCUUACAAUAGUUCCAACAGGUAUAGCUCAUCUAGUCUUUCACAAAUCUGGAAACCACUAUACGUGGCGUAAGGUGACUACAACUGUUCACAACAUCAUCGUUGGCAAGCUAUGGGUCGACCAUCACGGGGACAUGGACAUCAAGAACCACAAGAACGGUGACAACUGCCACCUCAAAUAUUACCCUUACAGCUAUUUCUCACGAGAAAAACCAAGAAAAGUGACAGGUGUGGUGACGGACAGCAGUGAUGCGGCCAAGUGGGUGAUCACAGGUACCUGGGACACACAGAUGGAGAUUGCACAGGUGCUGCAGGUGGACGAGUCAGCCAAGAGACCUGUGUUUGCCACGGGGCCCAAACGUAUCAUAUGGAAGCGAGUGGAACCUCCUCCAGGUAGUGAGAAGAUGUACUCAUUCACCAAGCUGGCUAUUCAGCUGAAUGAGAAGGACCCGAGUGUGGCGCCAACAGAUGCGCGCAAUCGGCCGGACCAGCGCGCCAUGGAGGAAGGGGCUUGGGACGAGGCCAAUAGACUCAAGGUUCAGCUUGAAGAGAAACAGAGAACAAAGAGAAAGCAGAUGGAGGCACAGGCUGAGGAUGCCUUGAAACGAGGGGAGGAGCCCCCAUGUCACAAACCAAUGUGGUUCAUGCGCCAGAGGGACGAGAUUACAGGGGAGCAUAUAUACGUGUCCAAUAACAAGUAUUGGGAGGCAAAGGGCAAACAGGACUGGACCGGAUGUCCUGACAUAUAUCUGUGAUACACAUGACUGGGACUUUAGACCCUAGUGAAUACAGAGGUCUUGAAGUUGAAAUAUGGGCCGGUCUCCGUUAUAACCAGGCUUAAUGCAUAUGUGUAAAGUGUUCAGUUUGCUUAGGCUAAUCAAAAAGGUCACUUUACAAAUAGACAGCCACGUUUGUAUUGAAGAAACUUCCUUUAAGAAAGAUUUCCAUAAAAGAAGAUGUGUUUUUUGUUAUGUCUGUGUGGACUGCACAAGCUAAAUUAGGACGAUGCUUUACGCACAUGCAUGUCUAUGCGGACUGCGCAGGCAAGUCUGGGACGAUGCUUUACGCACAUGCAUGUCUAUGCGGACUGUGCAGGCUAGUCUGGGACGAUGCUUUACGCACAUGCAUUAAAACUGGUUUUCCCAGAUGGCUGCUCAUAUGUUUUUGAAGAGAUUGAAACUCACGUCUGCAUGUACAGACAACAGCAUGCCAUUGGGACUUCAUGGUUAUUGAGGGUUUUGUAUCAUACAAGUGGGCAGUUGUGAAAAUGUUCUUAUCCAUGCAUGGUGCCAUUCAUGCUUAACCCUUUCAGUGCUGGAACUGAAUUUUAAAGGCCUUUGCGAACAGUUUGGAUCAAGAUCAGAUGCCACAAAAGGUGGCGUCUGAUCUUGAUCCAAACUGUUUGCUAUUCUGAUAGUGGUCUUUGAAAAAAAGUGAAGAAAAUGAUGAUUUUAGAAAUUCAGCAGACACCAAUUUAGCAGACGAUAAAUUUCCUAGCAUGCAAAGGGUUAACAUUUGCUUGUUCACCAGUCCACAAGUCCUGGCAAUAUGUGUUGCCUUGCCAGCAUAAUGUGGUGCUGAUUGAUGGAAAAAGGCUUCUGCAGUGGUGAUUAAGGUGUGUGCCUAUUCAGCUUGCUAUCCUGAUAUUUAUUCAUUUCAAACAAACUAUAUCAAGGUCACAUACUUACUACUGAUGUGAUUUGUACAUAAAGGGCGAUUUUAUUGUUUGUUUACAUGUUAAAACUUAUGCAGCCUAGUCUUGAAUUGUUAAUUGUACAGAGACCACGAAUAAUGUUAAAAGAGUGAUAAUAACAUGUCUAUUUAUCUGAAUGUUAAAUUUUUCAUAACGUUUACUCAGUCAUACAUAUUAAAAUUAUCAGAUCCAAAUCGGGACACGCCAUAUAAAUUGUUGGAACAUUUGACUUCAAAGCCAGGCAUAGCCUUUUCUUAAGUCAAUUGUCAGUAAAAGUUGACAUUUCUGGCAAAAAUUGACAAUAUAGGUGUUUAAGAAUUUCAUUUUCUCAAAGUUGACAUAGGUGUGCCAGGGCCGUGUCUUCGUAACAUGAAAUGUUGAGUAUACCAUUAUUUGAGGUCCGACCAGGGUAUUCCCAUUUUACAUGUGUUAAGCAUGUAAUGCAAUUGGCGGGCAUCAAGCACUGUCGUUAUUUGACCAAUCGUCAAAUAUAUUCAAAUUCAGAUUUAUGCAACAAACUUUUUUCUGAAAAUUAGGCUAACACUAUAGUAAAUUUAUGUGAAAAGGCAACUUGUAUUAGUCUACAUUUACCAGUAAUUUGUUUGAUGUGCAAAAUCGCUGUUUUGACUGAUUAUACAUGCGUUUUUAAACCUAGGGUGGUUUUAUACACAGGAUAUAGCACCUUUGGGCAUGAUUGGGCCGUAAAAUACAAACACAGAUGGCUUAAAAGCCCCAUCACAUAAAUGCCUGAUAAACUCCCUCAUUGGCAAAUAAAUCACUGCUAAGGUGGUAACAACAUCACUUGUUCACCCUUGUUGAUAAUGUGCGCCAUAAGGGGGCAAUGAAGGUAUCAGCGAUGGAAGGAUUUAGCCAAACAGAGCUUUCAUAGUGAGUUUAAAAGUUAAUUUUUAUAACCAACAAAGUUUUUAUGAGUGUCAGGACAAAUGGUGGUAAAAAGGGUCAGGGAGACAAACAGCCUAAAAAGUGGCUUUCCUUGCUGAAGUUGGAAUGUUUUGCAUGUAUGACUCGGAGCACAAUAUGUCUUAAGCAAUUGUAAUAGUUGAAUGAGAUGUUGGGUUGAUAAAAGUUAAUUAUUCUUCAUGCUACUUGAUUGUAAUUUGCCAACCAUAUUUGGAUUUUUUAUCAGUCAGUUAGCUGUAAAACUGGCUUAAAUCUGCUUAUUGAAUGUGAACAUGCAGUUUUUGUUAUACACACAACUUCCCACCAGGGUUAAGCUCAAAAAAUGGUUAACAUUUCCCAAUUUUUUCCAUAAAAUAAUUCUGUGAUAUCAGUGACUUUUCACCUCUGCUUGUGUGUGCCAUGAUUGAAGGUUAUUCUUUUUGGUAGCAGCUUUUUUCACUCUGCUUGUUGUACAUAAUACUAAUUUUCACUAUUGAUUUCCCAAUUUGUGGACUUUACAUUCUAUUAAAUGUACAUGUAUGCAUUUUUUGGUUGAAGGAAAAUGCAUUUAAACUGCUUCUUUUAAUUGUGGAAAUCUGCGAUUAAUUGCUAAUGGAAGUUCAGGAUUAUUACGUUUUUUCCUACUACAUUUUGGUUUGCCACACAAAGUCGUUCUUAAACAUUCCCAGGUAUUGUUUGUGGUUUGCUAUUUUGUUGGUCAGUAACAACAAUAAUAGUCAUGAAUUGCUUAUUUAAUUCAGUGCUAUCUUAUUUAUUGUUGACAUUUUGUGUUUACUGCACCUGUUUAUAAAGUUGUAACCUGGCUUCAGUUACUGUUUAGUCUUGAAAAAAGGAAAGUUUCAAACAUGUAUAUUUUGUUAUUUGUGUUGUUUUUUAAUAUCAAGGUUUGGUUUGCAAAAUUAUAUUCGAAAUUGUAUUUGCCGUUACCUAUAGAAAAUAAUUGUUUUGUUAAGGUAAUUUUGAUUUAGGUUUCAGUUAAGAUUAUGUCUAGUGCUGUUCUGUUGUUAGUACUGUGAGAGGUGUAACUUCUAACCUUAUGAUUAUGGGUCAGUGAUUCUUGUAACAAUAAUUAGUCAUAUUGACUCAAGAGGUCUAUGCAUUUGUCUGUACAUAUAUUGAUGAAGCUUUCACUCUUAUGUUCUGUGAAAGCAUGAUACAGAAAAUAGAGGGUGUCAUAUUUAUUAUCAAAAGCCUAUUUUGUGCAAUGGAGUUCAUUGAGUAAUUGUGGUUAAUGGUAAAUGUAACUGGGACAACAUUUAAGCAAGCAUGACAUAAACAAACAUGUUAUAUUGUUUAUGUAACUAUUUCAAAUGCAUCUUUGUUGAAGGUGUAUGAAUUGCACUACAUAAAUUGUUCUCGACUUGAAAAGAUGUAAUGCAAUCUUAAGAAUUGAACACAAGUAUGGUUUGCAAAAAAAACUUUCAUGUAAAUUAUAAUUACUGAUUGAAAUGUGACUUAUCAGAUAACUCAUUAUUUUUUUCAAAAAUUCUGUAGUUUACCUAUUAAGAUUCAGAGUAAAUUCUUUCUGUUGGGUACAGAAAUGAAUUACAAUGCCACAGUUUCCCAAACUCGAAACAUUUGUUUGAAUGGAAGAAUUAUUUCCAGAUGACAAAACAUGUUUCAUGUUGGAUUUUGAACAUUUAUACAGUGUUUCUCUGUGAACGACAUGACUUGUGUUUUUAUAAACAUCCUGCUUUGAGUUCUGACACUCUUCUCUAGCUAGUCACGGUUUGAGAUUCAUCACUGACAAAGUUUAGCCUGAUAGGCAUGAUCAUAAAACCUUUGUAUGCAAUUUGUUUGAAUUUCGCAUUUUCUGAUGUAAUUUAUUACAUUCAAUUGUAAAUAAACUAACAUUAUGUUUCCAUUACUUAACAUUGGCAUUACGUUGCUGGUCACUUUGAUAAAAUUACGUGUAUAUUUUGAUCUACAUUUUAUAAUUUAAAAUUGAAGGUAUUUCCAAUUGAUUUAAAAAUGCUAUUUUAUGUUUAUGCUAUUAUGAUUGGGACUUUGUUUAUCAAAUUGUAACUUAAUCUGGACUGCGAUUUAUUUGAGUUCAGUAUGCUUCUUCUCUGUUUUACAUUUGCAAUAAGAGUUAGGUGACCAGUAUGAAACUUGUAACAUAAUUUGGAUCCAUAUAACUUUUUUUAUCAAUAGCAAACAAUACGUUUGCUUUUGUAAACUCUGCUUACUGUUGAGGCUUUGCUUUUGCCAGUUAUUUGACCAAUUAUGUUGUUGAUUCCAUGUGAGAUUUUUCCGGCCUGAUUCAUGUUUACGGGACUUGCCACAUAUGCAUACAGCAUUCUGUGCUUUGUUAUAUUGAAUUGUAAUCUUAAGUGCAAUGAUUCACUGUUGUUAUAAUGUGCAGAUUGCAUUUUUUCAUUGUAAAUAUGGUGCACAUUGUCCUUUGUUUUGGAUUCUUCUCACCUAAUGGUAAAUAAAUAAUAUAUUCCAUUGAA